ACUGCGCAUGUCGAUAAUGUCAUUAGGAAAUGCAAGGACCGCUGACGUCACACGGCGCCUGGUUACAAAACACGGAUGGGCAAAAUACAACAGUCGCUUGGCGUUCUUUUUUAGUCUAAACGAACUUAACUCCUGACGAAGUUUCUUUCUUCAAAAGCGCCAGCACAGGUCCCCGGCUCUCAUUCUGAGCCGACUCCCUAAGAAGAGCGACGUCGUCUGCCGUGAAAAGCCGUGCCGAGCAGACAUCCCCACGACUCCGUGAUUCCAACAGUACCCGGUGUUCCAGAGCUAUGAAGUUGUCCACCGCCCUAGUUGCAGUGCUGAGCUGCCUGGUGUACCUAGACGGCGCGGAGUCCAUCCCUGUUCGCAGGAGCCAGGCCAAGCCCAUGACGGCCGUCAACUGGAACGAGGCCUUCGAGCCGCUCCGCUUCGGCCGGCGCAGCCCGCCCUCUUCCCUCUCCGAGGACGACUCCGACUCCGACCUGUGGCCAGAAUACACCGCUCCCCAGCCGAGAUUCACGCUGCCGCCCCAGAGGGAACCCAUGGCCAGGAUGCGGCUGCCCAACCUCAGAGAAGACCCGACGGACCAACUGACCCGGUCGGCCGUUCUGCGUCUCGUGGCGGACCUGAUUCAGGCGAGGCAGCAGGACCUGUUGGACAAUUGAAGAGCGAAGACCGACCACAUUUGAACACAUGUCUACAGUACAGACACUCUAACCACAGCGGCCUACGAACGAACCUGCUCGGAGACGAUUUGUUAGCAAAGAUGAUGAAGUCUCGUCCUGUGAAGCUGCGGUAAGGGUAGUCGAGGAUUGAGAACGAAUCUUUUUGCUGAUAAACUGACACUGAAGAGAUCAUAUAUUGUGCAUAACUGCUAAAGAGAAUAGUUUACGUAUUUUCAACCAGAUGUGACUCUAUUUCAAUACCCGUCCAUUAUUGUACCUAUAUUUUUCCAGCUCUCCGUUAAAAGAUGCCAAAUUGAUGUUUGUAAUUACACAAAUGAGGUUUUAAAAGAUACUGAUGUUAAUUGCGUGUAAACUGCAUCUGCAGACGCACAUCGCAUUGAUUGCUUUAGCUGCAGUGGAUAGCUAUUGUAUUUACGGCGACUUUUUGGAACACCAAUUAAACGCUCUGGAAGUUGAUGAACGAUUUAUA